CCGCCUCGCUGGGUCCUCGUGACCUCUGGGAGGUCAGACUCGACCCUCAGAGCUCCCAAACCUGGAGAUUUUAGUUUUAAAAUGAAACUAAACCCGAGCUAUUGAUCGUUCCGUGGGUCACAUGAGCAGCUUGUUGUUGUUGUUGAUUCCCUGAAGAGGUAAACACGUGCGUGUUCAUGUGGAGACGUAAUGAGACGUCGGAGCAGGUGUCCCAGACGCUCCUCGUGACCUCCGGCCUCUUGCUCGCGUCAGGCCGUCCUCAUCAUUUGCAAAGCAUUGUGGGUGAUUCUGAACGACGUUGCAUCCACUGCGAUGCUUUCAUGAACUUUAUUGACCCAUUCUGUCUGAUUCUGUGUGUCACAUUGAGUGUGUUGUUGUUGUUGUUGUUGUUUACUAAUCCGUCUUAUCCCUCUGCACACUCUCUCCCUCUUGUUGAUCUGCUUGCUUUGCAUUUGAGAAGGAAGGCCGGCAUCCUGCCCAGCCUGGAGGACCUCCUCUUCUACACCAUCGCCGAGGGCCAGGAGAAGAUCCCCGCGCACAAGUUCACCACCGCUCUCAAAGCCACAGGGCUCCGCACAGGAGACCCCCGGCUGAAGGAGUGCAUGAACAUGCUGAAGAUGACGGUGAAGACGACCUCUGACGGAGCUCUGGACCGCCACCUCUUCAAAAAGUGCGUCCAGAGUAACAUCGUGUUGCUGACUCAGGCCUUCAGGAAGAAGUUUGUGAUCCCAGACUUCCAGUCGUUCUGCGGCCACAUGGACGAGCUCUACAACAACGCCAAGACCAUGUCCGGCGGGCAGGUGGCCGACUACAUCCCCCAGCUGUCCCGCUUCAGCCCCGACCUGUGGGCGGUGUCUCUGUGCACGGUGGACGGACAGAGGCACACGGUGGGCGACACCAAGGUUCCCUUCUGUCUGCAGUCGUGCGUGAAGCCUCUGAAAUACGCCAUCGCCGUGCACGACCACGGCACCGAGUACGUGCACCGCUUCAUCGGCAAGGAGCCGAGCGGCCUCCGCUUCAACAAGCUGUUCCUCAACGAGGAGGAUAAACCACACAACCCCAUGGUGAACGCUGGAGCCAUCGUCUGCACCUCCCUCAUCAAGCAAGGAGCGAGCAACGCGGAGAAGUUUGAUUAUGUCAUGAACUUCAUGAACAAACUGGCAGGAAACGAAUACGUCGGCUUCAGCAACGCCACGUUCCAGUCGGAGAGAGAGUCUGGAGACAGGAACUUUGCCAUCGGCUACUACCUGAAGGAGAAGAAGUGCUUCCCAGAGGGCACGGACAUGACCUCCAUCCUGGACUUCUACUUCCAGCUGUGCUCCAUCGAGGUGACCUGCGAGAGCGCCAGCGUCAUGGCGGCGACGCUGGCCAACGGCGGCUUCUGUCCAAUCACAGGAGAGCGCGUGCUGAGCCCCGAGUCGGUGCGAGACACCCUGAGCCUCAUGCACUCCUGUGGCAUGUACGACUUCUCUGGACAGUUCGCUUUCCACGUGGGUCUUCCGGCCAAGUCUGGCGUCGCCGGUGGGAUCCUGCUGGUGGUCCCCAACGUGAUGGGCAUCAUGUGUUGGUCUCCUCCUCUCGACAAGCUGGGCAACAGCGUCCGAGGCAUCCAGUUCUGCACGGACCUGGUUUCUCUCUGCAACUUCCACAACUAUGACAACCUGAGACACUUUGCCAAGAAGCUGGACCCCCGUCGGGAGGGAGGAGACCAGCGGGUGAAGUCGGUGAUCAAUCUUCUGUUUGCUGCGUACACCGGAGACGUCUCGGCCCUGAGGAGGUUUGCGUUGUCCUCCAUGGACAUGGAGCAGAGGGACUACGACUCCAGGACGGCGCUCCAUGUGGCAGCUGCUGAAGGUCAUGGGGAGGUGGUCCGCUUCCUGCUGGAGGCGUGUAAAGUCAACCCAGUCCCCAAAGACAGGUGGGGCAACACCCCGAUGGAAGAGGCGGUGCACUUCGGCCACCACGACGUGGUGACCAUCCUCAGAGACUACCACACCCAGUACAGCCCCGACGACAAGAAGAAGAGCGCCGAGGAGAACCUGGACGGCCUGCUCUGAGGACCAGGAGAACCUGGAUGGCCUGCUCUGAGGACCAGGAGAACCUGGACGGUGUCUUCAAACCUGGAUCGGAGAGGAAGUUCUAUAUUUAAACAGCGACAAACCAAUCCUUUAGAAACGACCUCACAUUCCCCCGCCAGUGUAAAAGCUCGUAGAUGUUCCCUUGAUGUCCCAAUAGUCUGAUUUCAUUUAACUUUACAGGAAGUAACCAGCCGCCCCGUUGAAUGCUGGGUAAAUUUGGCUGGACACCCGUUAUUAUUAUUUUUUUAACUUGUCGUUUUUAAUCUGAAAACAAGUGAGCAGGCGUACCCUGGUUUAAAAAAACAAAAGACUUCACUGAAACUCUGCAACUAUUUAUUUAAACUGAAAUAUUUUUUAUAUUCCACCAAGGUGGAAGGCUCUUUGCGAUCUAAAAGCAGUUGUAGUUUAUCAACUGUUAUUAUUUUUGAAUUAUUUAUUAUUUUUGUAACGAUGAAGUCGGCCAGAGUUCCUGUUUCUCGAUGUCGUAACUGCCAGCGUUUGUUUACAUGUUCACGCUUCACUCCGCAAGAGGACCAAUAUUCAACAUGGAGUCUUAACAUAUUAUACAUUACUAUAUUAUAUAACUGCACUGAAGCUGCUGCGUUGAUCCAAAGUUAAGACACCAGCUCAACCUCUUAAUUUAGACUUUAGAGCUCUCUGAUUGGCUCUCUGGGAGUUGUAGUUGACCCCUGAUGUCUAAAUGUUUGUCUUUGAGUGGGCGGCUCCUUUUAUUUCCCUCCAUGUUUUUUAAACUUAGUGCAGACAAUGUGUUGAGUGUCAUGUUUCACACACCUGGACCUGGAGACUCCGGGAGAAGGUCCGGUCCCAAAGGUCCUGCAACAGAUCUAAGACACAAAGGAUGUUUUUUAAAUGUAUUAUGUGCAGAAGAAUGGCAAACUUGAGCAGAGGUGGUGUGUGUAUUUGUGUGUUGGACCGAUGGAACAAUCCAAAGUUAGUGUGUUGAGAAUCCUCAGCUCGGGAUCAGUUCAAAUUGGUAUUUAAAAGUAUUUAAGUUAAAUAAAAGUGAAUUUGAAAAGCACAAAACUGUCUAAACAUGUGCAAUAAUCAAUACGGAUGUAAUGAUUGGAGAUCAAUAAGGCUGAUACCUGAUCCCGCCCUGCAGACUGAAUGUAGUGUUGUCUUUUCUUCUUCAUGUGUAUUUAUUUAUGCUGCAUAGUUCAGAUAUUUAUUCACGUCAAACAUGGAAUAAAAGUUAUAAAAAACAAAGGUA